CCACUAGGCGCUCCGUAGAAUGUCAUUCUUUCAGACUCAAUGUAGUGCACAGAUGUAGGGAGUAGGGAGAGAUUUCGUAUUUAACCGCAAUGAAUGACGGGAAAACGGGUUGACAAUAAUGGCUUCGCUCUGGUUGUGAUCUUAUUGAAAGUUUGAGUAAACCUCUUGUCUAAAAAUAAUAGGAAUUAAACAAAAGUAAAAAUUUUAUAUAAUGAAGCAGGUAUCGUCUGAAUAGUAGGAGCGUUUUCGUCACGAUUUACACCGCUUCAUCCAGACCGGCCUUUCCUUUUUCACUAUGUCUGCAAAAGUGGAUCGCCAGGAGAGCAGCAGGUCAAGCACAGACACGAAGGAGCGGAGACGCUCGAGAAGCAGAGGAAGAGACGAAAAGAAUCGAAAACGCAGCCGAAGCAGAUCCUCAUCUGUCAGUUCAUCUUCCUCCUCACCAUCAUCCUCCUCUUCAUCGUCAUCAUCUUCAUCUUGCUCCUCUUCUAGCAGUGACUCGUCACGCAGCAGGAGCAGCUCUAGUAGCAGUGAUUCAUGCCGAAAGAAAAGAAAGGUUUCAAAGAAAAGAAAAAAGGAAAAGCCUGGCAAAAAGAAGCAGAAAAAAGACAAAGCACGCAAGCGAAAGAAGGACAAGAAACAUAAAGGAGAGGAAGACGCCUCUGGUCCUGUUCAGAUUUCAAAGUACCUGAAGGAGAAGAAGCGGAGUGGCAAGUACAGCAUGAUCUCAGGGAAGAAGAUCAAAAUGAAGGUGAAGAAAUCAAAGAAGGACAAGCAAAGAGACAAGAACCGCGCUGAGCUGUUGGAGUUUCUGAACUCGACUUGCUAAUUUGGACUCUCUACUUCCACUUUCCCCAUAAUUAUUUUAUUUUUUUAUUUUUAUUGACUUUGUCUUGGCCAAUCAGCUCUCAGGGAAAUGCCUGUAAUUUCCUGUAAUGGACAGCACUGUGGGGCCUCAUACAGCUCACCACAACUGGAGAAACAUUUUAUUUUGUUAUCUUGUUAUCUUUCUACAUUAUUUUGUUAACAUCCAAUGCUAUUCACAUAUUAUUCCUGUUAUAAAGCAUCACUCUCGUAUGUGCUUGCUAUUUUGGACUUUUUAAUACAGUUAAGUUUUUAAUCCACCUGCAUUUAGACCACUGUUACUGUAACAAGAUUGCCCGGGUUUUUAAAAUGAGAAAAACACAGUGACUUUUUUUUUUAUCCAGACUGACUUUUUUUCUUCAAUACCCCAAAUUUCAGAAUUACAGCAAAAACCAGUAUCACCUAAAAAGACGUAUGAGACAUUGAAAGUGACAUGUAAAAAAUAUCCAUAGACACAGUGAUGGCACAUAUUACAUAAAUAUGAAAAAAGUGGUGCAGCAUUCACAAAAUGUGUGUUAUUUGUCGUGUUAAAUUUAAGUGGGUAAGAAUUGAGAACAUGCAGACAACUGUAAGGAUUCUUAGAUAAAUAAAAAUAAAUCAGUCCAAAUGUG